AAUACUUUGUUGGUGUAUAAUAUAAUAUCUCGUGAGAAUUAAUUUUCUUGUUAACUUUUAGCAUUACAUGAUUAAAUUUUAUAAUUCAAUUAUGAAUAGCAAGUUGAUUCGUAUAUCUGUUUUAUCUAGGGUAACAUCACAAAGUAAUCUAAAUCCAAAUUUCAACCGUUUUUUUACUAAUAAAAUAGAUGAUACGGUUACGCAUACAGGCCAGAAAUGGGAUUCAGAUGAUUAUAGAUUGGUUAGAUUUACUAAUGCACCAAAGCAAGUGAAUCCCAGUUGGGCAAUAAAUUUAAUAGCUGAAGUACCACCCAAAGAAGUGACUGAAAGAGUAGUAUGGUGUGAUGGUGGUAGUGGCCCAGAAGGACAUCCACGUGUCUACAUUAAUUUGGAUAAACCAGGUGACCAUUCUUGUGGAUAUUGUGGCUUACGGUUUGUAAAGAAAGAUCAUCACUAAGCGAAACUAAAAUAUUUGACCUAGCUAUGUGAUCACGAUAAAGUAGUACAUAAACACCAAGAAUGUUACUUCUAAUUACAAGAAUUUUGUUUUAACUUCUAAUAUACAAAUUGUAGAUACAAAAGAAUCUAAUUAAAAAGUAGUUUUAAGUU